AUGUCCGAGCCGCCGUAUCCCCUGCACCCGUCAGUCAUCGACCGCAUCAACCCCGAAUACAGGGACUUUUACAACAAACACGUCUUUGACAAGCAAGUCGUCCAUCGCCAACCCAUCUCGGCGUCUAGAGCCAGCGGCACACUGAUUCCGGGUGCUGGUCCCAAAUUGGAGGUUGCAAGCGUCGAGGACAUCACCAUCCCGAGAAAAGAAACAACCGGUCCAGAUAUCUUGAUCCGAGCUUUUACACCUCUGGGUGAGCGGCCUACUAAAGGAUGGCCGUUGGCCUUCUGGUUUCAUGGUGGAGGAUGGGUUCUGGGGAACAUUGACACGGAGAAUGUGAUUGCAACGCAUCUUUGCAACCGAGCCAAGUGCGUUGUGAUUUGCGUCGAUUAUCGUCUUGCACCAGAAGACCCUUUCCCUGCCGCAAUCGAUGACUGCUGGGAAUCUUUGCUAUGGGCCGCCUCCGAAGGCAUUAGCAGAUUUGAGCUCGAUGCGUCCCGGAUCGCCAUCGGCGGCUCCUCCGCCGGCGGAAACCUCACGGCCGUGAUGUGUCAGAGGGCAAUCCAGCGAUCAGACGUUCCACCAAUCGCCGUUCAGCUGCUCUCAGUCCCUGUUGCAGACAACACCGCAACAACUGACUCGCAGAACCCAGACCACGCAUCAUGGAAGGAGAACGAGUUUACGCCCGCCCUUCCGGCGGAGAAAAUGAUGUGGUAUCGCCUCCAUUAUCUGCCUGUUAAAGAGACAUGGCAACAUCCUGAGGCGAGCCCGCUGCUCUGGGAAGGUGAUUGGUCAAAACUUCCUCCCGCAGUGGUCGUUGUGGGUGAGCUCGAUGUUUUGCGGAGCGAAGGAGAAGCUCUUGGGAAGAAGCUCCACGAUGCCGGAGUCCAGGUUGACCUGCAUGUCAUGAAGGGACAACCUCAUCCUUUUAUUGCAAUGGAUGAGGCACUUGAAGAUGGGAGACGUGCCAUUACUCUGUUUUGCAAUAAGCUAUUGGAAUUACUCUAG